AUGGCAGACCUGCCAGCUGACAGGUUACAAGUUAAUAAACCGUUCACUUAUGUAGGUUUGGAUGUUUUUGCUCCAUGGCAAGUUAUUGUCCGUCGAACACGCCCAGCAAGUUCUUCAAACAAACGUUGGGGUCUAUUAUUGACAUGCUUAGUAUAUCGUGCAAUACAUGUGGAACUUAUUGAGGAAUUAAGUAGUGCCUCUUUUAUUAACGCUUUGCGAAGAUUUAUUGCUUUGCGUGGACCAAUUCAGGAAUUGAGGUCAUACCGUGGUACUAAUUUCAUAGGUGCUGCGAAGGAGCUUAAUAUUGUAUCAGAAUUCGUUGAAGACACUCCGAUGAAGCAGUUUUUAUCAGACAAUGAAAUAGUUUGGAUUUUCAACCCCCCUCAUGCAUCACAUUUUGGUGGUGUGUGGGAACGCAUGAUAGGCUCAUGUAGACGUAUUCUAGAUUCAUUGUUAUUGCAAAAUAAGUUCAAGGAUUUAACACAUGCAGUACUUUCAACAUUAAUGUGCGAAGUCAGUGCCAUGGUCUAUUCGAGGCCAUUGGUUCCAGUUUCUAGUGAUCCUGAAAACCCGUCAGUUCUUUCGCCAUCUCUUCUUUUAACGCAGAAGCCUGUGUCGUCAAGUGGAUCUCUUGGACAAGUCGAAUUCGGAACAAAGGAUGCCAUGCGAAGCCAGUGGAAACUUGUUCAGUAUCUAGCCGACCAAUUCUGGUCUCGUUGGCAAACAGAGUACAUCGAUAGCCUUCAGGCUCGUCCGAAAUGGAAAUCUGGAGGUGAUAAUUUCCUUGAAGGUGAUGUCAUUCUCAUGCGGAAGACCGAGCUUCCUAGAAGUCAAUGGCCACUUGGUGUUAUUGACAAAGUAUUUGAAAGUGAUGAUUCUAAAGUUAGAAAGGUCCAAGUGUCUAUAGUCGUUGAUGGACAAAGGAAGUCGUAUGUGAGACCAAUAAGCGAAUUGGUUCGAUUGAUUGAAGCAUCUUAA